UAUUAUUUCUUCCACUCUAACAAUUUUAAUAACGGAUCAUAUAUAAAUGAAGAGCACUAUAUCCUUUCAAAUGUAUAUGUGUGUAUUAUGCAGGACCCGCAAAUUAAUUUGUAGCCUCACGAAUUAAAUUUUGAAUCAUGGCAGACUAAUAGAAUGAGUAAGUCCAAUCAUGGUCGGACAUGUGGUUGGUAUCAAAUGCCAUGAUUAUUUCUGAAACUAUUUGUACCUAAGCUUUUUACGAUUCUAUAAUGCGCCUUUUUUUUUCUUGACGUUUGUACUUUACAGCUUUGCCGCUCUACUUAUCAUAAGCUUUUCAUCGCUGCUUUUCAUGGGUUUGGCCAUGAAUGACCGGAUCCCUGGCCUAUCACCCCAUCGCAGAUGUCAUGACCGGACAAAGCCUUUUCCUGGUCUAGAAAAUUCCAGACCAUCAUUCCAUCGCAAAGAUCAUGACCGGGCGGAGCCUUUUCCUGGUCUAGAAAAUACCAGAUCGUUACUUUUUGAGUGCUACGAAAGCAGUCAUGAAUACAAAAUCUCCAAGGAGUAUAUUGAGUUAAAGCUCAUUGAUUGUAUAACCCGGCACAUUGUCAACGAGCCAUCCUCUACUGAAUAUGCAGCCCUUAGUUAUGUCUGGGGCGGCACAGAGGCUGCCUUUCCCGAGGAUGGACCCGAUGGGCCGAGGCUGGCAAGCCGAGUCUGCCUUGUCAUCGAAGACGCCAUGAAGGCAGCAUUGUAUCUGGGCUUCCAGUAUCUGUGGGUUGAUCAAUACUGUGUUGAACAGAUAGACACAGAAUUACAGGCGCGUCAAAUUCAGCAGAUGCACCUGGUCUACAAUAGUGCCCAAGUUACACUAGUAGCAGCUGUCGGUGGUGAUGCGAACUCGGAGUUAGCCUCCUCAAAAAUAGUCCCAUGUUCUUUUACCGAUAAAAUUUCCACAGAAGAUGCAUGUACGCAGCGCUGGAGUGGACCUGAAGAGUAUCAUGAUUGUAUUAAUGACUCAGUCUGGAACACGCGCGGCUGGACUUACCAGGAGAGUUAUAUUUCGCGUCGGGUGAUCGUUUUCCACAAAUAUGGGAUUUACUUUGAAUGCUCUUGUUCAGAAAAAGUUAAUCUCCAUGGCACUGUGUUUGGUUUAGAGAUUUUGAGAACUAGGAGAUGGGAAACUGCAAGACAAGAAACUGGAGUAAUGAAAAAUGGACCUAAAGCGCGCUAUGAAGCAAAGUAUUCUACGGAGGACGUGAUGUCCUGGUUGACGCAUCUCAUCGCUGGCUACUCGCAAAGAACACUCAAGUACAACAAUGACACCCUCAAAGCUCUCUCGGCUGUUCUAAAGGACUUUGACGGAGAACAAUCUCUGCCUUUUCAUUAUAAAGGUCAUUUUAACCGCCGUGACAAUCAGGAACGAAAUUUUGACAGUCCUUGGAGGAUCGCAAUCGUGAAAGGAAUUCCAUUUUAUGAGAGAGCGCUAGGCCCACGACGCUCAUAUAUUGUUCCUUCCCCUUCCUCUGAAUGGCCAGCUGAUCGACUGAACACGACAGGACUUUGUUGGCACUACGACCGUCGCGCACUCGGUGAUAAUGCAAGUUCGCGCAAACCAGAUUUUCCAUCCUGGUCAUGGGCGGGAUGGACGGGUCCAAUCAAGUGGAGAAUUCCAAAAUUAUGUUCUCUAUAUCGAUCUCAAGAAAUGAGGAAAGGCACCCUAUUUCACCUUAAAGAUAUAGGAUUCAUCGAGAAUUUGGAGAAUUCCCAGGAACUGGACUUUCAUAGGGCAAACCAAGCACAGCAGCCGUUGCUGUGUUUUUCUUCUAUUGCCUUUCCGCCCGAAGCUUUUUCUGCCAUAGACCCAGUAAAGCAAGCAGAUCACAAAAUUUGUCUAUAUGAAUACAUCAUAAAACCGUACGAAAAGGGCUACCUCUACUACUCCGAAGGCAGCUCAGCCCUUGUCGUGGGGUUGCAGCAGGGCACACACAAACUGGUGCCGCUUACUGUCCACUUCAACUUCGAACGUGAGCUCAUAGAAUUUCAGGCAUGGAUACUCCGUAAGUGCGAAGCAGGAAAGUCGUGUUAUGAACGCGUUGGAAGCGGCUAUUAUGUAAUAGAUCGUUGGACAAAACUAGGGAGAUACUUGGAAGACUUAGUUGAAGACGCCGAAUUGGAGAGGUUUAAUAUAUGCUAAGUUGGCAAGCGCAUGUUAAAUUGAGAUA